UCCUUCACACAUUCAAUGCCACGCAUCGCGAACUCUAUUGUCCGGCGAGCAUAUGCGCAAGACCCCCUCUUGCCCGCACUCCUCGGAGUUUGUCGCGACCUGAGUCUCGCGGCUAAUGAGCUGCGCUGGCUGCGUGAGCAUGUCGACGAGCUCCCCCUUGCGCCGGCGCCACGCCCGCUCAACACAUCCACGCGAAGGAAAAAAAGGAUACCAAACAACGACAAGCAUCGAUUGAGGAAGAUUAAAGAGGCGAAGCUACGCGAUCUCGUCAAACAAAGGAGCAGGGGCACGCCGUUGCAGUACCUGUUGGGCACCGAGUUCUUUGGCGAACUGGAGUUGAAAUGUGGAAGAGGCGUUCUGGUUCCCAGACAAGACACCGCGUCCACCAUCGCACACCUGGCCCGCCUCAUACGCGACCCACGUAACACGCUGCCUAACGAACUCCGGGUCUUGGAUCUCUGUACAGGAACCGGGUGUAUCCCUUUCUUAUUCGGGCACGAGCUUCGGGAGACGAGACACGAUAUAUCGUACCGGAUGCUGGGUGUGGAUGUUUCCACUGAUGCGCUCACUCUUGCGACAAAAAAUCUAAGGCGAUUCCAGCGAAAGCCAAGCAGUUCGAACCUCUUCAACACAUCCACAACUGAGGCCAAAGAUGACGGCGAACGAGAGGACGGGCACAAUGCUAAAGGAGCAAAAGUAUUAGCAAACUUCAUGUGGGCUGAUAUCCUCAACUCACCUUUCGAGCCUCAAAUUGAAAAUACGCCUCUCCCCUUAAUGUCCGCUAUGAACCUAGCAAGGCACCCGCCUUUCUGGGAUAUAGUCAUUUCUAACCCGCCCUAUAUCUCCCCUGACGCAUACAGAAAGACUACUGCACGCUCGGUCCGUGGAUUCGAGCCCAGGCUGGCUUUAGUUCCGCCCCACCCUUCCACCAUUCCAUCCUCGAUUUCGACAGGAGUAGGAUCGUAUACAACUUCCUGGCCUGAAAAAACGAUCGACACGAUCACGCAAGAUGCUGGUGACACUUUCUACGUCCCUAUCCUCAAUAUCGCAGCCCAAGUUGAGGCUAAAGUUGUGCUCGUGGAGGUCGCGGAUGUAGAGCAGGCGGUUCGGGUGGCGCGACUGGGCGAGAAUUUCGGGUUCGAGGGCGUGGAAAUAUGGAGAGACCGACCCGAUGAUACCGACGAGGCCUUUCCGUCUUCGCCCUCUUCCCCCUAUCCCAAACAACAUAGUCAAGAUAGUUCGCCUGGAAUCACCAAAAAAAGGGAAACAAAGGAAUCGAAGAAUGACAUUCCCAUCGUGGGUGCCGGUAACGUGCGCUGCGUGGUCUUCUGGCGAGGAAAUACAGGCGCAGCGUGGCUUGGAAAGGAGACACAGAAUGACAGUAUCCUUCGUUCUGAAAGUCAUGCAAUGCAACCGAGCAUGUCCAGAACGGAUAAAUUUGAUGGUAGAUACCAUGCGGACGCGUUGUUGCUGGCAUCGAAAUGGAAAGGGCUUUGA